GUUGCAUAAAGACGGCAGAAUGGGAGAAACGUGAUAGCUCCAUUAUCACAUAGGGGACAAUGAAGGAGAAGGCUGAGUGGAGACAUGGUUGAGCUCCAUUAUCACAUAGGGGACAAUGAAGGAGAAGGCUGAGUGGAGACAUGGUUGAGGAACGCAAAUCAAGGAUUAUAAGUCAAGAAGGUUCAUCCCCGGAUACCAACUGCAAGGGAGAGGGGUCUCAAACCUCUGCUUCCACAUGCCCAAAAGCAUCUGCUUGACCAAUUUUAGAAGCAAAUUAGUAGACAAAGAUAAACCUUGGUUUGAUCCAAUGGGGCUCUUAUGAACGCAGCAAGGAAAGAGUUAAGCGCGAUACAGAUGUCGUUUCCCAGCUGGGCAGCGGCUCGUGAACACAGGAAGGGAAGGCGUGGUGAAGAAGGCAGGAGGGAGGAGAGCACAGCAGAGAAGGAGCAGAGCAGCCAGAGGAGAAAGGGAAAAAGAGACCUGGAAGGUCGGUUGCAAGAAGGCAACUUACUCUGGAGCUGAGAAGAUCUACAAGAAGACAAGCAAGGAGAGUGAGACAAGGACUUGGAGCUAACAGACAGAGCUGGCAGACUCCAAGGACGAGAUGGAAUCAUGGCUUGAAAUUAGAAACAAGGCAGAUUGAAAAGAGAAGCUUCCAAAUGGCCAAGUGGGAAUGGCUGGGCAGCUGAAUGAAGAACUGUGAGCUCUGCAGCCUUCCAUCACGGGCGACAACAACACAGCCUACGAUUUCCUAAUGGAUGAUGUCACCGAGGAUCAGGAUAAUGCAAAUUACACCUACCUAUAUUAUCGAUUAAGUGACUUGAUCAUUCUUAGCAUUGCCAUCUUUAUCUGUAUAUUUGGGGUGGUGGGGAAUGGGCUGGUUAUGUGGUGGCUCAGCAUCCAUAUUACAAGUAACUCUUUCACCACUUACAUCUUGAACUUGGCUGUGACUGACUUGGGUACCCUUGUAUUUUUGACAGUGUAUCUUAUUCUUUCACUUGUUAACCAUUUUCAUGGUAUACUGUUCUAUAUGUUUAGUUCAGCUAUACAACUGAGAAAUCUCAUUCACUUUACGUAUACAGCCAGUCUUUGUUUUCUUACUGUUCUCAGCGCAGAGACGUGUCUGUCUCUCCUCUUUCCGGUCUGUUACCAACGUCAUAGCCGAGAUGGCUCUCUUCCAUGUUAUCUUUUCGUCAAUUUCUAUGUUUUGCCCUCCCUUCUGGGUUCUUUCAUUUUGGUCCUGCUUGCCAAGAUCUGUUGCAACUCCCAGCAGCAAUCACCAGGAACUCUAAAUCUAGUUCUUCUCCUCUCACUCCUUUGUAUCCUUGUACUCCGUGGCCCAUGGACUGUUGCAUUCUCCUUGCAGGGCUACAGGCAUCUUCGCACACUUCUUGUAUUUUCCCAGCUUAUCCAUUCUGUCAACAGCAGCACCAAGCCUGUCUUUUAUUACUUAGUGGGCAAAAGGUUGAAAUGGUCAUCUCGAGAACCACUGAAGAUGGUGCUGCAGAGAGCUUUCUGGGAAGGAACACCUUCUGGGGAUGAACUGACUGCCAGAAAGGCAAGUGGUGUAGCAAGCUACUGAAUCCAAGCCACAGAGUGUCCAAACAAGCAUCAUGGAGUGAGGAGAAAAGUUUUGUCUGUGGAGUAUUUGAGGAGCCAGAUGUGUUCUGUUCCCUAACCAGCUUCAUGAACAUUUGCCUCCUACCUAGAAUUCAACACAUGCGCUACAAUAAAUCUUCCUCUUUAGCUAGGCCUUGCCAGCUUCCGGGAUUUUAAAUGUAUUCAUUAGCAUUUAAGUGUUAGUGUUUUAUGUUCAUUUUGGAUUGUCACUUUCCUUGAGCUCCCUAUGGACAGAACUGUGGGUUGUAAAUCAGAAUACUGUAUAAAUAAGUAGAUAAGUGUAGAUAAGUAUUCAAUGGUGGGCAACAACUUUACCAACUUAGGUAUCAGUUCUCCAACAUCCACCAAUAGUUAUUUAUACUUAUACAGAGGUGGGAUCACCUAGUGUCCUACUUUCCAUUUCUAUUCCACUACCAUUAUAUACAUAAAAGGAUUAAGGCUGAAAUAACCAAAAUCAUUCCCUUUGGGACUGUCCAUGCUAAGUCCCCAUAGUACUGUUUCCAGUGAAAGUAGUUAGAUCACGAUAUAAAUUCUUGCCUGCUGUUCAUGUCUUUCUCUCUUUCUCCCCGUCUUUCCCUGUUUUUUGUCUUUUUGCCAGUUACCUGCUUUCAAUAAUAACCAUCUAUCUAUCUAUCUAUCUAUCUAUCUAUCUAUCUAUCUAUCUGCUAUUUUGUACUUACUCUGAUCUGGAUAUUGGGCUUGAUGGAGAGUGUGAUGGGUGCAACCUAAACUGGAAAUUAUCCACAGUAAUUUUGCAGCUAAAACCCUCUGGGGGAGAUGGGCAGCAUAAAAAUUUAAUAAAUACAUAAAUAC